CGUUAGUAGAAUAAAGUUGUGUUCCUCCCUUAGUCUUGUCCUGCUGUACCCACCACUCCGUCGUCUCCUUGCUUCGCUUCUCCCCUCUAUUUCUUGCCUCGCUUCUCCCCUCUAUUCCUCGCUCCGUAACCACCCGCCCUCCCGCUAAGUCGCGCUAAUUAAGAUAACACAUCGUAACGAACUUCAUUAUAUACCCAGCGUGCCCAGCAUAGCGGAAAACGAAUUCUCUCCUACGACUACUCUCCAUGCGCCCAAAGAUUCAGUCGGAAGGACGAUGGCUCGAACGCGACGUCCGGGUUGACCGGCGACUGCAGGACUUGGAAAUCGAAAACAGAGUGCUCCGCGAGCGGAAUGAGCUUCUGGAGCAGCAGCAGGCGCACUCGUCCACUUACGACGAGACCCUGCUGUCUGUUGACCACGUACUCGAUAGCUUCAUAACCAUCGUCGACAGUCUCGUACAGCAGGGCGAACGCGUCCUCAAGGAUUGCGAGGGCCAGUGA